AGCUAUCAAAACAAAAUUUGUAAAAAUGAAUGACUGACAAAGUCGCCAAGAAAAUCUUAAUUUCUUCACUUUUUCCCGUUUUUCAAUGUAAUUACAUGGUGAGGAUAAAUUGUGAAUGUUUAUAGCAACCCUUGGUUGUAAAAUUCCUAGAUAUGGCGGCAUAUAUCCGUGUCGUUGAGGACGAGUUGGACCCCGAAGUGAUCGAGCUGCCGGUCGAGCCGGAUGGCACGAUGUUGCUGAGCACGCUGACGGCGCAGUUCCCCUGCGCCUCGGGCCUCAAGUACCGCAACCCCGGUACACGGAGUCUGAGGGGACUACGGGUCGUGGAGGGAAGAAUACAACCGCCUGAUGAUGUGUGGGGAGACCACCUUUAUAUAGCAGUCUUCCCCAAAGACAACAAGCGCAAAGGAGAUGACAGCAGUGAGAACAACUCAGCUAAGACCCGCCGCGUAGAGAAUAAAACAGUGGACUUGAUAGUGCUCGGGUUGGCUUGGAAGACAACGGUAGCCAGCAUGAGGGAAUACUUUGAGAAGAAUUUCGGUGAAGUUCUCAUGUGUGAGAUCAAGAAGAAUCUGGAGAACCAAUCCAAAGGUUUUGGUUUUGUGAGAUUCAAGGAUUACAAAGUGCAAAGCUCAGUGGUAUCACAGAGGCACAACAUUGAUGGUAGAUACUGUGACGUCAAAAUACCAGACUCGAAGAAUUCCCAAGACUCCAAGAAGAUGUUUGUUGGACGCAUGCCGCAAGACAUGACCAAGGAAGACCUGUAUAACUACUUCUCUAAGUAUGGUGAAGUCACAGAUGUCUACAUCCCAAAGCCGUAUCGCUGUUUCGGGUUUGUGACAUUCUUAAGGUCUGAUGUGGCAACAGUUGUUGCCAGUGAAGACCACAUUUACAAGGGUACCAGUCUACAAGUGAAUCGCGCUGAGCCCAAGAAUCCUAAGAUCAGAAUGCAAGGAGAUGACCAUUACCCAAGUUAUGGGUACGGAGGAGGGGGAGGAUAUUCGGACCAAGGCAGAUACUACUCCCGAGGGGACUACCCCCAGAGUGGGCGGGGCCGAGGACGGGGAGGUGGCAAGAUUGUCCCACGAGGCGGAGACGGGUACCGGGACCGAGACCAAGGUAGUAUAGGGGGACCAGGGAACCAGGUCAAUACGUCCAAUGUUGGCGGGGGUAUGGGAGGGGGCAUGGGUGGGGGCAUGGGUGGGGGUAUGGGUGGGGGCAUGGGGGGUGGUAUGGGGGGUAACCCAGGCGGGCAAGGUCCAGGACAAAUGGGCAACUUUCCGUGGAAUCAGGCAAUGUUGGCUGCGCUGAGCCAGGCAGGCUGGGGCAUGAUGAGCAAUAUGCUGGCGCAGGGUAUGCAGCAAGGCAUGCAGCAGCAGCAACAGCAGCAGCAGCAGCAACAGCAGCAGGGGAACCAGCCCCCGCAGCAGCAGCCGCAGCAGCAGUCACAGCCAUCUCAGGGUUCCUUGUCGCAAGGCAGUCAGUCCUCGCAAGUGUCAAAUCAAGUGAUGCAGACACCAAACAGUAGCGGCGGGUACGGGUCCGGGCAGCAAUCCUUAGGAUGGGGGUCUAGUCAGUCUAGCGUAGGGGAGACAGGAAGUCCUGGUUACUUAAUGGGGGAAAGUAAGAGUGGAGGCAGUGGUUGGUAGAGAGGUACCAGAAGUCAUGGUCCAAGACUGGAUUUGGAUUCUGUUUCUCUGAAUGCUGCUGGUCAGAUCCUUGGCAAGCAUGGUACAGUUUGUGCGGUGGCAGAGGACAAAGUCUUGGAAACUUUGGCACCGGGAACCAAACAAAUUCUGAGCAUACCUCAUGCACACAUUAGAUUAACCCUAACCUCCCUUGCAUUUUUGUUAGGAUGCAACCUCAAUUCCUGCAAAAUCCUCCAAGUUCCUCCAUGCAAAAUUGCAUACAGCCUCAAUCUUCUAAUAUCAUCCGUUAUUUUUUUAAAUGUGGUCCUUGGAGGGGUGCCCACUGCCUCAAUGCUGCAGAAUCCUCCAUUAGUCACUGUCAAUAUGUUGAGGCAGAGCCAGUGACAUCCCGGUGCAGUGCGGAGGAUUUCAAGUACAAUGUGGGCCUAAAUUUAUGCACGGCUGAGCAUAAACAACACAAGGUCCGGCCCAAGACCUUGACACAGUGCAUCCUCCAAAAUCAGCCGUACUUUUUUGCCAUUUUGCAAAGAGGAUUACGGAGCAUUUUGGGAAGGUAAGGGUUAAAUAUAUGGCAUGUAAGGUAUGCUGUGAAUUUCGUGGGUGCGGGCGCCAAAGUUCCCAAGACUGAAUGUGAUUCCUCUAGUUGAAUGUACUUUCUACUGCUGCGUCUCACUUGACCAAAUUAGUCAGGGUGCUGCAGCAUUAGGAGAAUCAGAUCCAAAGCUGUCUGAAACCAAGACUACUUGUAUGAACGAUCCCAAAAAGACAACUCAGAAGACUUUUCCCAUGCAUCUUGCCAUCUUACUUUGGUGCUUUGUGCUAUUAGUUAAUUCGCGAUUAAAACACACACUCAGGUUAGUGAUCUCUAUUGAAAUCAAUGAAGUUCUUGUAAAGCAUGUAGCACAACUAAUUUUGAAAUGUAAUGUUAAUACGAUCGCUGAAUUUUGAAGGUCGGAAUGUACCUUCAAACAGCACCUUCACUGUACGUGUCAAAUGACAGCAAAGGCACCAUUCUAUUUUGAUAUCGAUCGGGCAGUGUAACACUCAAACCUACAUUGUUGUAAAUACAAUUGUAAAUAUUAUCAAUGUUUGGCAAAAAGUAGCGUUUCAUCUUUCAUGGCAUCUUAUUUGCUGGAGAUAAGGGUGGGAGUGGAAGGGGAAAGGAGGGG